AUGGCCGACAAGGCUUUCGAAAAGGCCGAAGAGGCUACUGUUGACGGCCAGAACCUUCGCGCCGCCGAGCAAGCUGUUGCCGGCACCAACACCAUCCCCGAUGAGAAGUCCGCUCUCAAGGACGACAAGUCAUCCGUCUCCACCGCCAACGACCCGGAAAAUGCCCGCGAGGAGGCUCGUCGCCAGAACCCCGACGGAUUCUCCAACCUCCACCGCGGCAUCUCCGUCGAGCAGGCCGAAGCCGACUUUGCUGAGCUCCAGCGCGAGCUCUCGGGCGUCUCACGAGCCAGCCGUGUGAACAGUCGCAGAAAGUCGCACGGUGACGCCGAAAAGGCAUGGAGGCGGCAUCUUCCUCCGACACGGAGAACGAGCAGUUUGACCUCGAGGGUGCCCUGCGCGGCGGUCUGGACGCCGAGCGCGAGGCCGGCAUUCGACCCAAGCACAUCGGCGUCAUCUGGGACGGCCUGA